CUAAGACGCAGAUCAGAAGCUCUGCCAUAGCCUUUCUAGAGGAUGCGCUUAUAAUCAGACCGAAUCUCAUCUUAUACAAGUCGACCCUGGCCAAGAAAAUCACAUCCCAGGAUGGAACGACGACGAGAGUGACCGUGGAAAGUGGAGGGAUAACUUACCAUAUUCGGGCCAAGAAAGAUGUUGUGCUCUCGGCCGGCGUGGUAUGUACUUCGAGGAAAUCUGUUUCUCAGUGAGGUGAUCUAACUCGGGGCGAAAUCCGGGUCCUAUAGAUGCGAUCUCCGCAGUUAUUGAUGAUUUCGGGCAUCGGGCCACAAGAAACUCUACGCACACAUGGGAUUGAGGUGAUUGCAAACAGGCCGGGAGUGGGCCAAAACAUGAUGGUAUGCAUCUUCUUGCAGAGGGCAAAUGGACCCCUGGUUGCUGAUGUGGGCUGUAGGAUAACGUGUUGGUUGGACCGACAUAUCAAGUCGGACUAACCAGCCAUAACAGUCUUGCGGACCCCGAGUAUUUAGCUGCCGCCAUCGAUGAAUACAACACGAAUCGAACGGGAUUGUUGACCAAUGUUGGCAGGAAUGUGGCCGAUAAAAACAGCGCUUCUGACAGAGAGCCAACGAACUAAUCAGGCCUGCGCUUCAACCAGCGUUCGAAAAGAUCCCGGCCCAUAUGAUAAGUCCAUCCACCCAGGAGGCCCUCAACCAGUCCUUCCCCGGGAACUGGCCCCAUAUAGAGUGCCUUGUGCUUGACCAGUUCUUUGCCAACGGGGCAGACAGUAGCAACGGGGUCGCCAAUAAGGGACAGUAUGUUGCUGCAUCAGUUGGCCUCGUUGCCACCUUUUCACGCAGCAAUGUUAGUAGCUCCUCCGCCGAUACAGCCGUGAACCCAGUGAUUAGCCCUAAGUGGCUGGAAGAUGCUCGGAACCAGAAUAUUGCCCUAGCAGCGUUUCGCCGGAGCAGAGAACUCUUUCAGACACAAGCCAUGAAACCGGUGACCAUUUCCGAGGCCUUCCCUGGCGUUAACUACACCUCUAGGACGGAUCUACUACACAUUAUCCGGGCAAGCAUCAGCUCUGCGUACAACGCAGCGGGCACCAGUCAAAUAGGGCGAAAAUAAGAUCUAGAUACUGUGGUCGACAGCCGCUGCAGAGUAAUUGGGGUCAAGGCACUGCGCGUUGUGGACGCGUCAGCUUUUCCUUUUCUGCCCCCAGGUCAGCCGUCAGCCACGGUUUGUGAGUAGAGAUGUCAUUUAUCGCGCUGAUUCUGUUCACCUGCUAACAUGGAAUUCCGCUUUCUCUAGAUGCACUGGCCGAGAAAAUUGCGGAAGAUAUGGUCUGACAGCUUAGAUUGAUGGACAAGUAUUGAUAGUAGUUAGCGAUUAGCAAUCUAUAUCCUUAGUGCUUACGGUAUCCACCUCGGCGAUGACUCGGAGUAUUAGAGUGGCAUCAGUGCAUCACGGAAGGAUGUAACCGUAAUACUCCUUUCGAUCGACCUUUGGAGGUUCUAGAGUCUAGGCAAAUAAAUAAAUUGCCCCUUCCAAAGGGGCUAAAGUAGUGUGCAUAUGGCCGGUUUUUCCGAAAUUCCACGGCGUCAGGCACCGUCAUUUACGCAGCCCAUGGUCCGUAUCCUCAUUACUGAGUACGCUAAAAUAGGUC